CGCGAACAUCAACUACAAGCUUUCAUCCGAAGAUUCACUUCAUUCUCCCCAGCCAGCAAUAAUCAUGGAACGCAGCUUUAUAAAUUGCUCCCGAAGUAUGAGCAGGGUGCUGAGAUCUUCUCCUGCUCAACACUGCGCAAAAAGAAACUUUACCACGACAUCCACAUCCAUUCCGACCACGCGAACAAGAUUAUUCCAGCCCGUCAGCGCCUCACCACAUCGAUACCUCCACAGCUCUGGAUCAUUAUCGAAUGCGUCGCGACCCCCAAGAAACCGCGAUCGCGUAUCUCCAAACGACCAAGAGGAACGAGCUGACCUCGCCUCGUUCGAUGUUCUACGAAAUACAGCGGCGCCCGCAACAGCAAUUGACGCAUGUACGUCAGAUGGUUUCGCGUUCGAUAAUCAGAUGAGGGUAAGCGGGAGCGGAGUCAUUCUCGUAGGUGGUGAAGUCUUUCGGUGGCGUCCGUGGCUCCAAGAGCAGCGAAAAGAGGGGACUGUGGGUGAAGGGGCGAUGGGCGAGGAUAAAAUGACGGGGCGGUUGUUGAACAAGAAGGGGCAAUGGGAAGUUCCAGAUAGUGCAUGGGGUGUUUUAGAUUUGAUUUAUCCAAAGCCUGAUCUUCUGAUUAUAGGCACUGGGCUUCAUACUAUACCUAUCGCACCUUCGGUCCGGCAGUACCUCAAUAGCUUGGGCCUGCGUCUAGAUGUGCAGGACACUGGUAACGCGGCUGCGCAGUUCACCCUGCUCGCAACAGAGCGUGGUGUUGGGCAGGUAGCAGCAGCUCUCAUCCCUCUAGGAUGGCGCGAAGGGCGAUAA